AUUGUGUAACCUGGUUUCCUGGAAAGAACUAAAGUUGAAAACAAGACUAAUGUGAUUAAUCGAUUAUCUAAAGACUCGCUGACUAAUUUUCCUCUCAACCGGUUAAUCGAUCAUUGGUCACGGUUGUUGACCCUGAGGUGGCGCGAGCCGCGUCUCCUCGGCGGUGCUGGAGUUUCCGAGCGGCAGUGAACGCCUCCUCUCCUGUGGAACAACAACACGCGGACUCGGUCUCAGGUGAAGCCGCAGCGGAGGCACCAGGAAGCGGCUGCGACACCCAGGUACUGCCGGUGAGACCGUCCCUCCGCUGCCCGGUAACCCUGCUCCCUGCCCGGGCACCUGCCUCCGCUCCGUCCCCUCCACACAUGGUUCUCCUCCGGAACAUCUCCAUCGCCCUCACCGCCGCCGUGGCCGCGCUCGGGUCCGCGCUCUUCAUCGCGCUCAACUACUUCUACAGGAGGAAGAUAUGGUCUCAUCACAGGGACUAUACAGCCAUCACUGAGGAGGUGGAGGAGCGCGGGAAGCGUCAGGUCCUGGUCCUCGGUCUGGACGGAGCUGGGAAGAGCAGCAUGCUGCAGGGUUUGACCCCCGGGCCGCCGGCGGCUAAGAGAGGCCGCUGCCGGCCCACCCGCGGCUUCAACUUCAUGAGCCUCAAUGCCCCCGCCUGCCGGCUGGACUUCCUGGAGAUUGGCGGCAGGGAGGACCUGCGGCGGUACUGGUCCGAAUACCUGAGGAGGACUCACGUUCUGGUGUACGUGGUUGACUCGUCCGACCGGAAGCGCCUCCCACUGGCGAAGGCUGAACUGCACCGCCUCCUGAAGGUGGAGCCUCAGCUGCCCGUGGUCGUCCUGGGAAACAAACAGGAUAAGCCCGAUGCCAUCGAUGUGUCGGAGCUGCGUGAAGCUUUGUCUCUCGGCUCCGUGACCGAGGACAGGAAGCUGUUCCUCUUGGCCGCCCAGCUGGAUUCAGACGAAGCCCUGAGGAACUCCUGCUGGGGCCUGGACACCUUCCAGGACCUCCUGCUCCAGCUCGUCUAAUCUCGUCCCCCCCCCCUGCAGAGCAGAAGAGGAGGAGAUGGAGGGAUGGAAGCAAAGGGACGGUUUCAGGACAUCCUCCUCCUCCUCCUCCUCAUAUAAGCUCUAUUUUUUGAGGCAGAGGAGGAGGAAAUAAUGAAGGUUUCAGAAGCAGAGGAGGUGAAGAUGAAACUCCUCCUCCUUUUCCUCAAACUGCGUCAGCUCGUUUUCUCCCGACUCGUCAUCGUCACCGAGGAAGAGGAGGACGAGGGUUUAUUCUCAGACGUGUGACGCAGAACCACACGUUUCUUCUCCUGUAGGUGACUCAUAUGUUCAAUUUGUCUUAAUGUCAACAGGUUUAUUUCAGCCUCUAUAGAAAAGAUUGUAGACGCAGAAUAUGCAGAUUUGUCUUGGUUUCCUGUUUUCUGAAAGCUUGUCGUGUGCGAUCAGAGACGUCGGCAGAGCAGAACAGGCAACCGCUCGGGUUGCCAGGUUGGAGUUCCCCGGGGCCCGAAGCCGCAGCAGCUCAGUGAAUCAUCUGAUUCUACACGGAGGCUUUUCUGAGAUCUUGGGGAUUUAACUCCCUGAUAUGUUUCUUGCUUGUCAGGUUUCAACACUUCCAUGACUGUAACAUGUUCUCACAGCACAAUGUGUUUUUAAAUGUUUCCCCCACAGUUCUGUCCCAGAGCAGAACGUAGAAUCCAGUCACGUCUCUCAAUGUAUCAGUGGUUUGUAAAUCUUCUUGUACAGAUAAACUGGACUCAGAUUACUUCAGAUGUUUGUGAAUCUGUGAUGAACGGGAACAUUUAUUCCUUUUGAUGUCGUGUUGCAGGAAUGUUCUUUUCACACGGAGCUGAGUUUUCAGUGGAUCAGUUAUGUAAAGGAAACUGUUGCAUAUGAAUUCAUGCAUGUUUCUGUUCUCUUUUAAACGUGAAGCUGCAGUUUCCAUUAAAUUAA